UAUUUAUAAGGCAUCUACGCUUGCGCGAAGGUUGCCAUGCAUGAAGUGAAGUCAAAUGGACCAAAAUCAACCGAAAAGUAACUACUGUUAUCCGUGAAAAAGCCCCAAGGUUACCAUAGUUAUAUAUUUUUAGAGACCAGGCUGACCUGAUGUUGCUAACACAAUGGCAACUCCAGCUAUUCGGAUGUUUCGGAAAAUAGACGGCUUGUUUUGUGUGUACAAACCCUCAGGUGUCCACUGGAAACUAGUACGUGAUGGCAUCGAGACAAAUCUUUUAAAAGGAGUAAAUGCUACACCAUCCCAACCACUUCCUAAGGAGGUUCGCUUUUUGGCACUCCCAGCCGGUGAGGCUGAAGCACCCAAGGGACUCACACUGUCUGCAGCCUCUGUGCCAGUACUGUCCAAGCAUACUCUGGUGACUGGACCUGAAUUUCAGAAUAUUAAAGUUGGAGUAGGACACCGCCUGGAUGCAUCCUCUUCUGGCGUUCUGGUUCUUGCUGUUGGGAAUGGAAACAAGGCCCUGAAUAAUCUCUACAAGACACGAGUGACAAGGGACUACACUGUGGAGGGGGAAUUUGGAACGGCAACGGAUGAUUUCUCUAACACAGGCAGAAUUGUCGAAAGGUCAACCUACGGUCACAUCACAAAAGAUAAGCUGGAAAGAGUCUUGGCGAUGCUGCAGGGAGCCAAUCAAAAGGCCUUGUUAAUGUAUUCAAACGUAGACAUGCGCUCGCAGGAAGCCUAUGAGAUGGCUGUGCGAGGUUUACUUGGUCCAGACGGGAAAUCGCUGCCUAUUCUGACAGGCUUGCGGUGCAUUCACUUCCAGCCCCCCAACUUUACUUUAGAGGUGCAGUGUCUUAAUGAAACUCAGAAAUAUUUGCGCAAAGUUGUGCAUGAGAUAGGACUGGAGCUGCGCAGCACAGCAGUGUGUAAAGGAGUUAGGAGGACCAGAGACGGCCCCUUCACCCUGCAGGAUGCGCUGACCCGUCACCACUGGAAGGCUUCCGAUGUUAUACAGGCCAUCGGGCAAUACCGCCCCUCCAAAAAAAAAUCUAAAACACCGAUCAAAGACUCACCAUUACAAGAAUUAGAAGAGAGUACGACAGUUAACCAGAUGAACUCAGAAAGGGAGCAACAAUAAGGAGAAAAAAUAACCUGUUGCCAUGAGCAGCAGGUAAUGCAAGUCAAAGCUUCACUGUGACUCUAUGAGCCAGGCCUUCAGCCGUCAGUGGAAAAGAGAUGUAAAACACCAAAGGUCCUGGUCCCUUAAAAAAGUAGAAAAUUGAACAUACUAAAUCAUUACACUUUAAAUGUUCUGCAGGUUUGAAUAAGUUUUUCCCUAAAUCACAUUUGCUUAAUUGUUGUCAUGUAAAUAUAAUAAAAUAAAAGUGUAAUAUGUUG